GGUCGGUCGUGUCCGAAGAUGGUCAGCGAGGACUGACCAGAGUCCAGACCAUGCGAAGCACAACCCGUCCCUCCUAUAGGCCGCGUAUAAGUUGCAUCCGAACCCGGCCAAAAGAGGCCUCUCUUUUUCUCUGAGUUGAACCACGGAACUUUUCUUCUUGUCUCCAUGAAUGACGCGCGAUUCCUAUAAUAUCCGCUUUGCCUCACCAUGGACGACGCAGUAGGAAGCCAGGACAUUGCAGGUCUUUUCGAAGACGCAGAGCAGUUCCUCACAGUGCGGCCCGUGGGCAGCGGGAACAUCUUUCCCUCCCUGUCCACCCAGGCAGCCAAUAUCCCGGACAUGGUGUACUUCAAGCUUAUUCCGAGCGCCUCGUCCAAGGCAGGAGGGAUGAGCUACAACCUGAGCUUCCACGGCCGGUACAAGAAAGAGACGUACUCGCGACAGGCAUAUUAUCUGGGCUACAAAGGCGGCGCCUGGAGAACCAACACGCCUGCCUUUGUCGACAUUCCGAAACAUCCCAAGGCGCCACCGGAGGGCUGUGAAAGCACAAUGCUCCUCACGGGCAUGCUGAGCGGCUGCUCCAUCGUCGUUACGUCCCUCGACGAAACCCACUACCGCGUCUUCCACGACCCUCGCGGCAACGCCUCUGAGCUGCACGACAACGUCGUCAUGGCUGUCGACCAGGACGACGCCGUGGGCAAGACGCACGACGAUAAGCCCGUCGCGGCCAUGGACCACCGCGACUACGGCGACGAGCGCGGCAGCCUCGCCACGGUGCUCAUGCAGUACAGAGGCAAACACUCUGGGUGGAAACUAUACGCGCAGCUGCUCCAGGGCGUGCCUCCUGCCCAUGAUGAGUACGAGUUUCGCGACAGCGACCCCGAAAAGCAUGUCAUCACCAGGUUCAUCGACCCCGCCGCGCCCGCGAGGCGCUGGCUUGCGGAAGAGAGGAUCGCGAAGGCCUGCAAAGACCGCGAGCGAGUCCGCCAGCGAAUGCGGGAGAUUGCCACUAGCUUCAACCCUGCAGAGCUCCCGAGCCUCCUGAGGGAAACUGACGGCGAAUUCGUGUUCAAAGCAGACGAGCCGAUUCCCAAACUCAGUAACGCGGCUGUCCGCGGCACUCGAGUCUACUUUGAGUACUUCCGGGGCGUCAAGGAGAAGCUCAUGCUCGUAACUCAGUUGCAAGAUGACCCAGGCGUGGGGACGGCAGACAGGGACGCCGCCAGGCGCAUGUUGCCAGAGAUCGAGUUGCUGUUGGUAGACGGCCAAGACUACGACUUCCUCUAUCUUUGGCAGCUGACACGACGCGAGGGGGGCGCCGCGGCAGUCGUCCAGACAGAAGACGUGCUACGCGCCGGGCUCCAGGGCGCCACGUCGGGAGAGAAAUUCGAUAUGCUGGCGGCGAGGCUACGGAUGACGCCCAACAAGGCCGUGACGGACGGGUAUGCGGCGUACGACAGGAUCCAAGUGCGCCAGUAUUCUGCAGGCAUGACAUCGCUAGACUUAAGGAAGCUCUGUCUUGGGUCGCUCUACAACCUAACAGACACGCAGCUGGGCGCCCUCCUACAUCGUGUGGACGAUGCUGCCGAGCAAGAGGGGCUCGAACGGUUAAAGGAGGCCAACCGUGUCAUCGAGUACCUGCUCAAGGAUAGCGGUGGAAAGGUCAAGGCGAUGCCACAGGACGUCAUGCUCCGCCUCGGCGGGUGCGGAUGGUCCUACCCCCUGGUGCGCGCCGUCGCGGUGGCUCUCUGGGCGGACGGUGAGGAAGCCGUGGACCGCAUCAUGGCCAAGCUCGCGUCUCUCCGCACAGCCACGCCCGUCAACUCAUCAGACGCAAGACUACUGCUCUACGGACUGCAGAACCUGCGAAUUGGCGCUGACGCUUUGGCGGCGUCGACGGCACGCGGCCGAGUUACCAUCGAGCAGGCCGUCGAGGCUCUGCAAAUCCAAUCCGGCACGGCGAGUCGGAUGUUCAUGCUACACACCGAGGGCCACGCCAUGCUCCUUGGGGCUACCAUCAGGAACGCCUAUCUUUCUUCCUACCACUUCUACGAUCCCAACUUCGCCAUGGUCACGUUCGAUACGACCGACGCGCUCAUCAAGGCCAUGUCGCGACAUCUGGUGACCGAGCAGUGGGCCACAGCCUACUCAGCCUCUGGCACGCCCAUGGCUCCCGUAUUCGAGCUGGUUGAGAUUUGCUCGGCGGACUUGUCCCAGGUAGACGUUGGCUUCGAUCUCGUCGUGCAGGACUUGAGCUCCGCGGAGGACCUCUCCCAGACGGCGGCCACCAGGGCGCGGCCUAAUCCGGACAGGGUUGCGCGCGAACUCGUAGGGGACCCGGACUUUAAGAGGGCACUAGCGGCGGCAGACGAGCGGCAGCAAACGACAUGGAAUAGCCCUUGGACGUGGAGCGGGGAUGCGAGGAUCGGCGUGCCGGCCCAGGUGCUGUGGAAGAUGUAUGGUCUCAGUCUCGACCAAAAACCCGGUGAGGGGGCCGACGACGAUGAGCCUGACGCUCCUGCGCCUUCUUCGCCCUUGGGCACGAAGGAAUAG